CCUCCUUUGUGUCUCUCUCGCCGAUCAAACCCUAGAAAUUUUCAAUUAUCGCUCUCGUUUCGUUCGAUCGCUUCCGUUUCUCCCUGUGUUAUGUAGGCUUGAUUCGUUCUCUCCACCUUUAAUCGUGAGAGGCGAAGAGAAGAGGGUCACGGUUACUAUUUUGUUUCUGUUCUGAAAAGGGUUUGCUUCUCGUUGACCCGAUUGAUUCUCAUUUUUUUUUUCAAAAGGCAGAUUCUCUAUCGGAGAUGGCGAAUUCAUCUUCUCCAGAUUCGUGUUUGAGAGGGGGAAAAUUCAACGCACCUGGAUUUCGAUUUCACCCGACCGAUGAGGAGCUCGUGGUGUAUUAUCUCAAGAGGAAGGUCUGUGGUAGAAAGCUUAGGAUCAAUGCCAUUGGCGUCGUUGAUGUUUACAAAGUUGAUCCUUCCGAAUUGCCUGGUCUAUCUGUGUUGAAGUCUGGAGAUAGACAGUGGUUUUAUUUCACUCCAAGGAGCAGGAAGUAUCCAAACGCAGCUAGGUCAAGUAGAGGCACUGCAACUGGGUACUGGAAAGCAACAGGGAAAGAUCGAGUCAUAGUGUACAAUUCGAGACCUGUAGGACUCAAAAAGACUCUUGUUUUCUAUAGAGGCCGUGCGCCUAACGGUGAGCGAACUGACUGGGUGAUGCACGAGUACACGAUGGAUGAAGAAGAGCUCGGGAGAUGCAAGAACGUCAAGGAUUAUUAUGCUCUUUAUAAGCUGUACAAGAAAAGUGGGGCUGGUCCCAAGAAUGGUGAAGAGUAUGGUGCGCCGUUCCAAGAAGAAGAAUGGGUUGAUGAUGAUGAUAGUGAAGACGCAGAUAAUGUUGUUGCUGUACCGGAUGAUCAUGUGGUCCGUUACGAGAAUAACUGUCGUGUGGAUGAUGGUAUGUUCUGCAAUCCUGUUAGUGUUCAGUUAGAUGAUCUUGAGAAGCUUCUCAACGAAAUCCCAGAUGCACCUGGAGUUGCUCCAAGAGAAAUGAGUGACCUUUCUGGUGUUCUGCAGGGUAAUAGCGAAGGAGAGAUACAGAGCACGUUGCUGAAUAAUUUUCCUGGAGAGUUUCUUGCACCCCGGGAAGUCGGAAAGUUCUCGCCAAAUUGCCAGCCAUACAACAGACCCUUGAGUUUUCAGCCUCAUCUGAGGUCAGAAAACUCAGCUUUCAAUGCCUCUGGUAUGGCACCUCUAGUGUUUGAGAAGGAGGAUUACAUUGAAAUGGAUGAUCUUCUGAUCCCUGAACUCAGAGCUUCUACAACUGAGGAAUCCUCACAGUUCUUGAACCAUGGUGAACUCGGCAACGUCAACGAGUUUGACCAAUUGUUCCAUGACAUUUCCAUGUCUUUGGAUGCAGAACCUGUUUUUCAGGGAACUUCUACAGAUCUGUCUUCUCUGAGUGAUCAUGCUAGCAACACAUCAGACCAAAGACAGCAAUUCCUUUAUCAAGAGGUUCAGGACCAGUCCCCUGAGAACCAGCUGAACAACUUCAUCGAUGAUCCCAGUACGAGUCUCAAUCAAUUCACUGACGAUAUGUGGUUUCAUGAUGCUCAGGCUGAUCUCUUUGAUCAACCACAAUCUUCUUCUCUAGCAUUUGCUUCACCUUCACCAGGUGUGAUUCCCGGUUCCACAAAUCCGACUAUGAAUGUAAAUGCCCAAGACCAGGAAGGCCAAAACGGUGUUGGAAAGACGAGCCAGUUUUCAUCGGCUCUGUGGGCAUUUAUGGAAUCAAUACCUUCAACACCAGCUUCUGCGUGUGAGGGUCCUCUUAACCGGACCUUUGUGCGUAUGUCUAGCUUUAGCCGCAUCAGGUUCAAUGGAACCUCGGUGACUACUAGCAAAGUCACAAAAGCAAAGAAGCGUAUGGGAAACAGAGGUUUUCUUCUUUUAUCAAUUAUGGGUGCUUUGUGUGCCAUCUUCUGGGUGUUCAUCAUAGCCACAGUUGGGGUCUUGGGGAGACCUAUCUUAUCGUGACGACUUAGACUCUUUGAUUCAGGUUAAGUUACAAGAAAGCAUGAUCCACAUUAGUGAUCAUGGAAUUGAUAUUAUAUGAAUCUUUGAUUAUGUAUAGAGUUUGAACGAGUUGAGAAAAAUAAUUCUUAAUGAAAGGAGUUUUUUUAUGUCUCGA